AUGCCUCAGAAAUCAGCUGAAUCCAUCGACGACAUACCGACUAUACCAGAUUUGGAUGAUUUGCAAGAUAUUCUAGAAAAGGAAAUAUCUAAACCUCCCGUGUCUGAACAUCAAGAUGCAGAGACAAUGAAUACUUUGGCUGAGGUAAGAGGAGUCAGUGGCUCGGUGGAAGGAAUAGAAGCGGCAUUAGAGGUUCUUAAGUCUUACAUACCAGUUGUAGAACCUGACACAGCUGACACAGUAUGGACUGUUGAUACUUUGCUGGCUCAACUAGCCGAAGAGUUACUCAUUGAAUAA